AGAAUUCCUGGCCUCCAGACAAGCUGGCUGUUCGGAUAGUCUGAGGGAAGAGGUUGUUGCAGCAAAAAGUGGGUUACAUUACAGUACUGCUUAGCUGCUGGCGAUGAAAGCCCAAUAAUUUAAGAAAACGGCACACAGGAAGAGUUGGGUCAGCCAAGCACUUUGUGACAGUUCAUUUGGACAGUCCGCUGUAGGGUAGUGCGAAGAGCCAUGGGGGUGUUGAUGUCCAAGCGGCAGACAGUGGAGCAGGUACAGAAGGUAAGCCUGGCUGUGUCUGCCUUCAAGGAUGGGCUGCGGGACAGGCCUUCCAUCCGACGUACAGGUGAGCUUCCAGGGUCCCGCCGUGGGACUGUAGAGGGCUCUGUCCAGGAAGUGCAGGAGGAGAAAGAAACAGAGGCAAGCAUUCCAAUGCUCCAAGAAGAGAGCAGCAUCUACCGUGUAGCCUGGGAGAGGCUCCGAGAUGGGCGUGGAGUGGAGCCUGAGGAGUUUGACAGGACCAAUCGUUUCACACCUCCUGCCUUCAUUCGCCCCACCCGGAAGCUGGAUGACGACAAGCCUCCAGAUAUCUGCUUGGAACCCAGAGAGCCUGUUGUCAACGAUGAAAUGUGUGAUGUCUGUGAGGUCUGGACAGCCGAGAGCCUCUUCCCAUGCAGGGUCUGCACCAGGGUUUUCCAUGAUGGCUGCCUGCGCCGCAUGGGCUAUAUCCAAGGGGACAGUGGAGCAGAGGUGAUCGAGAUGGCCCACACGGAAACAGGCUGGAGCUGCCACUACUGUGACAACCUCAACUUGCUAUUAACUGAGGAGGAAAUGUAUAGCCUCACCGAGACCUUUCAGCAGUGUAAAGUCAUCCCUGAUUGCUCCCUGACUCUGGAGGACUUCCUGCGCUACCGCCAUCAAGCAGCAAAGCGGGGGGACAGUGACAGAGCUCUAAGCGAGGAACAAGAAGAGCAGGCAGCCCGCCAGUUUGCAGCCCUGGACCCUGAACAUCGAGGACACAUAGAGUGGCCUGACUUCCUGUCCCAUGAGUCCCUCCUACUUCUGCAGCAGUUGCGUCCCCAGAACUCUCUGUUAAGGCUUCUGACUGUCAAAGAACGAGAGCGAGCCCGAGCCACCUUCCUGGCACAGGGCAACGGGAGCACCAUCAGUGAGGCAGAGUGCCGCCAUGCCCAGCACUCUUGGUUCCGCAAAAGCCUCCCAGAGACUCCUUCCUGCAGUGUCAGUGUCAGCCAUGUAGGUCCCAUAGCAGACAGCAGCCCAGCCAGCAUCAGCAGCAAGAAUCAAGACAAGGUCCUGCUGCCCACAGAGCAUGAGUCCAGAUUUGUGGACUGGCCUGCCUUCCUGCGGGAGAAUGUCAUCUACAUCUUGGCUGCUCGCCCCAACAGCGCAGCCAUUCACCUGAAACCCCCAGGAUAGCAUGGAGCAGAGAAGCUCGGGAACAGUGGCAUUCUCUCCCUUUCCUUUCUCCCUUUCCCCCACCAACCUCCGGUACUGAGACUUAAGAGGAUAGAGCACUCCAGCAUCUCAAUUUGUCACUAAGCUUUAUGGCACUGAAAUUACCAUUCCCCUCACAACAGAGGCAGUAAAUGCAUCACCACAGGGAGAAGCCCUGGGAGC